UAACGAUCAUGGAACUGUACAAAGUGUUAAGCUAAUCAAGCAACUUCUCAUGCUCAAUUGAACAGUCCCACUGGCAACUUCUACUGGAUUUUCUUUUUCUAUUAAACGAUUAGGGUUUGUUUAGGGUUUUACUCCGUGCUUCCCAUAGAUUUUUUUCUCCGAUUAGCUCAGUUACCGACCUGGCCAAUGGUCAGAUUCUACGGAUUCCUGCUGUCCCGCCGCUCCAUCUGCUCCUAUCCAUGCCACCAUUCACCCUCCCUUUUGCUUGAGUCAUUAUUGGAAGGGAGUUACAGGAGUUAUGGCACUGCACUUGUCAAUCAGUCGAGAGUCCUUUCCAAUUCAAAUUUCGGAAAUGUGGCUAGUGGGAGAGACUGGUUGAAAAUCGGUUUACUUAAAGCUAAUCUGGGCGUGGCACGGUCAAUUCAUAGCACUGCACAUUUAUCAAGGGAUUUUUACGAAGUGCUUGGCGUGAGUAAGGGUGCAACUGCAUCAGAUAUCAAGAAAGCUUACUAUGGGCUUGCAAAAAAGUUACAUCCAGAUACAAACAAAGAUGACCCAGAAGCUGAAAAAAAAUUCCAAGAAGUUCAAAAGGCAUAUGAGGUCUUGAAAGAUGAUGAAAAUCGCCAACAGUAUGAUCAGCUUGGCCAUGAAGCUUUUGAGCGCACCAGUAAUGGUGAAGGUCCCGGGUUUGAUCUGUUUGGAGAUGGUGGCUUUAAUCCUUUUCAGGACAUGUUUAAAAAUGCUGAUAUAUUCAAUAUAUUCAAUCGGGACAUGGGUGGUGAAGAUGUCAAGGUCUCAGUCGAGCUAUCCUUGAUGGAAGCUAUUCAGGGAUGCACUAGAACGCUGACAAUCCAAACUGAUUUGGCUUGUGAUACUUGUGGUGGAACUGGCGUUCCUCCUGGGACCAGGCCUGAAACGUGCAAGCGCUGUAGGGGCUCUGGCAUGAUUAUAUCACAAAAUGGACCACUCACACUUCAGUCAACUUGUCCUAAUUGUGGAGGAGCUGGAAAAAUUGUAUCGAGUUUUUGCAAGUCAUGCAGGGGUAAACGGGUAAUAAGGGGACCAAAAACAGUGAAGUUAAAUAUUAUGGCAGGGGUGGACAAUGAUGAUACAAUUAAGGUGCCCAGAAGUGGUGGAGCAGAUCCCGAGGGCAAUCAACCUGGUGAUCUUUAUGUCAUCGUCAAGGUCAAGGAAGACCCAGUGUUCCGGAGAGAAGGGCCUGACAUUCAUGUCGAUGCAGUUUUGAGCAUUACUCAGGCAAUUUUGGGGGGAACAAUCCAGGUGCCAACUCUGUCUGGGGAUGUUGUUGUUAAGGUCCGCCCUGGAACUCAACCUGGUCAAAAGGUUGUUCUGAAGAAAAAAGGGAUCAAUGUCAGACACUCUUAUUCAUUUGGGGAUCAAUAUGUUCACUUCAAUGUCAGCAUUCCAACAAACUUGACCCAAAGACAGCGGCAAUUGCUCGAGGAGUUUGCUAAAGAAGAGCAAGGGGAUUAUGAUAAGGAUGCUGCUGCAGGUGCAUUGGGUUGAGCAAUCAGUGUGAUAAUCGCCCAUUGUCACGAAGGCUAUAAACAAAGAGAGAAACUUGCAUCAGUUCUGGCUGAACGAUUUUGCAUUGCGGGUUGACAAUUUAAUUUUUUUAAUCCCUUCAACAAGUUGGGGAAAAUUAUGUAAUAUUUUUGACAGAACACAACUCAUUAUGGUUAGCAUUAAGUUAAGCCAAUUUUGAUCUCUUAGCUGUUUGUACAUAAAAAUUGAUCUUACUACAAUUGAGCACAUUAGAUGCUUUCGUGU